AUGGCGAAGUACUCUGUACUUCGAAACCCUAGUGUUCUGUCGUGGAUCCCUGUACCUUGUAAUGAUAUGUAUUUACUGUCGCCCCCGUCUCUACCCUCCUAUCUUAGGCGCGCGGCCUUCGACAAGCUUGCGGAGUUGGCCACUAGCUUCCCGGGGAAUGACGGUGACAUCGUAUCAGAUGUCGACCGGCUGGGGGACGCCUGUAAUCGUCCAAAGUUGCUCUCUAGUGGAUAUCUCGAUGGUGUUUCCAGGAGCCGCCCCUGGCCCUCUUCGCCGUUGACCAUUCGGGAAGUGGAUGCGCUUUUGGCGCUUUGUCGAGCAGCCUCCAAGACGUCGCCCCCAAAACCCGCCGCGAAAUUGCUCUCCCAGCUGGCUGCAUACCUCCCCGAUUCACACCUCCUGCUACUGCACGCAUCUCCGUUCCUCUACAGCAUUAAACCGUCUCCGUGGGAAGCCUUGACAUACCAUCUGACCAUCUCCCUCUUAUCGCUUGGCUCUCGAUUUCCCCGCCACCGCGACGAUGUCCUCCAGAGCGUGAUGUCCUAUCUUGCAAAUUGCAUCCAUGCCACCAAAUCCCUCCCCGCUUUGCAGAACCGCGCGAAUGGCGAAAGAGAACUGGGAGAUUUCCAGGCUGCUGUGAAUGUGGCAUCCAUUACCGUGUCCCUUAUGGGGUUCCUGGAAGCUGCCUCUGUCCAUGCUAGCUUUUGGCAACCAAAGGAAAGACUCAAGAUCGUCAAUCAGCUGCGGUUGAUUCUUUCUGAGCAGUUUUUGAUAACGGUUGAGACCGUGUCGUCAAUGCUCCGUAGCUCUGAAUCGUCCGAUCGCAUCCUCCUUGAUUGGCGGCGAUAUGCUCGACGCUAUGCGUCGGGAGGCCGCCCACUUGGCGCAAUGCUUCUGCAACAAGGCUUUAUGCGAUUUAUUAAGGCUUCUACCUCGCCUGCUGGUGCUGAUGGCCGGAGUAUUUCUGAAAGCGCCCUCCUGGAUCAAUACCUCAGCAGUCUCGAGAUAACGAGACAGCAUCGAGACGACCAAUCCCUACUCGUCGGUCCAUUGGCAGAAAUAAUCGCUGAGCAGAUCCAGCAACUUGAGGAUGGAUCUGAUUAUCUACAGCUUGGCUCCCCAUGGCAGCAACGGCUAGCCUUCUCCGUGAAAUCGUUUGCCCUGGUCAGCUUCCUCAAUUGCACCAUUCUUGAUGAAGACUCGGCCGAUCCUGAGCUUCUUUAUUCAUGGUUAGAAGAGACGCUGCUCAAUUUCGACCAGAUGGGCGAUGGGGAGCUCGCAGGGGUAGUCCUCAAAUCCCUGGCAGUCUUAACACGGCUAUGUCCUAACAUGGCUUCAAAUACUACCCGCUGUUUUCUCAAAUUCAUCGUGCAUAACGGACAGAGCGGCGCCACUGUAGCGACAGCUGCGCACUGCCUGGCUACGACCCUUCGCCUCCUCUCACAGGACACCAUCAUUGGUACUUUGUACACCUUGGGGAACUUUCUGAGCUCGGGCCCAACGGCAGACAAAUCGCACCAACUUACUGCUGACGGCAUAGCUCUUCAUUCUCAUUCUCGAAGCUUGGCGCCGCCGUACCAAAACACUUCAAACGGCAGCGUCAUAUCUCUCACCUGUGAGGAGGAUGCUGAAACAACAAUCACCUACCGAAACGUGGUGCAUGCAAUAAUCACAAUCUCCACAAGCUGCAAGGAUAGUAAAAUCGUAGCAUUGGCCCAGUCAAUGUUGUUGCAAAAGAUCGGGAAAAUAAGCGUCGUUGUCAAUGCCUGUAUCAUAGAGGAAACUGCUGCGCUGGCCCUCUAUAGUGACGAGGCAGAGUUUCGAGUGCUUCUUAAAUUUUAUUCUCGUAUCUACAGUGAAGCCCUUUCCCAAGUCAAUACCCUCAUGCUUGAUGCGGUCCAAAAGGCGAGAAAUCAUCUAGCAGAGAAUGCAAAUCCACACUCGGUACAUUACCGGGUGUACCUGAUUCACCUCCUUGAAAGUAUUGUGAAUAAAGGCGACGCGACUGAUACAGGGAAAGACCACCAGAAAGAUGUGGAGCUAUCUGCAGAAGAGAUCAUCCCUUUGGUUAAACCACUUGCUAUUUUAUUCUCUAGGGGACAAUCCAAUUGGGAUUCUCUCGUUGGUGCCAGCGAACUUGAUAUACCUUCACUUCUUCGGGAUCUAUGGUUCAAUAUUGUAGUCCAUGGCAUAUCGCUACGUUCGGAAAUUUUUCGACAAUAUUAUCAGGAACUCCGUAUUCUUGCGGUUCAGUCAGCCCCAUUAGUUGCGGAGAACCGCACUGAGUUUCUAGAAAGUGAUAUUGAAUUGAACACUGUGCUGAGGCGUGGAGCAACCCAGAACCACGCUACAGAGCAGCGGAAGAACCUCGCCGCUGAGCUUCCACACCUUGAACAGGAUAUCAGACGGUUGGGCUAUCCCAAGACAGUCUUUUUGAACGCCACUCUGCUGAUCGAGAGCCUUCGGGCAGCAUCAGGCGACUGCACAAAAGUCCUAACCUAUUUCCUCGACCCGGCCCUCAACAGUACCGAUGUCGGUAGUUGUAUGAAUGCUAUCGCAGAUAAAGUUGUGUCAAUCUACCUUGAAAAGUCUCUCUCUGGGUCUUCCACAAAAUUUUCAGCUUCUUAUAUUUCUGCUCAGCUAGCAGACACGUUCAUGUCCUGCUGUCAUCGAAUCGAAAAGGUCCAACAGGUCGCGACAUCCACCGCGAGCAAAAUGAUUAACCAAUGCCCUUCUUCGCUUUGCCAAAAGAGAUCUCUUUUUGUUCUUUUGGACUUAUUGACUAUCAUGUGGUCAUCCUGCUUGGACGAGGAACUCGACGAAUUCGAGUGGAAGUCUACUUUCACUUCCGCGAGGGGCGUUGUGCAGGUCGAGUUAUCGGAUAACUAUGAUUUUCGAAGGCACACGUUCACUCGGUUUUAUAGAUUGGCACGAACAUGGGUAUCGACCGUUAUGAAUAUUGCUCCAUUGGAUGUCAAGGGCCUGCUUCAAACUUACCUUUCUGAUUACGAGGACGACGGUGCAUAUGGUCACAUCUCUAUGGGCCGUUCAUUUGCGUUGGAAAUGGGUUCCGCCAUUCCAUCCAGCGACCAAAGACUAGGCAAGUUAAAAGCAAUGAUUCCGUGCUCCAUCGAGUGCAACAACAACUCGAUCGUAAACGUAGCGUCCGAUUUUAUUUCGCAGUAUACAACCCGCCAGGAGUAUCGAUAUUCUGAGGCGCCUCGUCUACACCGUCAGGGAUGGCUUUUUCCCUUUGACCAAGCCGACUCGACUUCAUCAGCCCAUCUGAAUACCAUUCAAAGUACGGAGGCAAUGCUCGUCGAGUUGGAAUCUCGAAUUUCCGAGGGCCAACCUAUCGCAUUAGACACAUGUCGUAAUCUCCUUCGCAAGGCUACUGCGUUGAUCUGUAGCUCUAGAGAAGCGGAAACAUCGAUCAUCUCACACCUUGUUAACAUACCAUUCCAGCUUUUUACAAGGGAAUCGAUCAAAAUGGGAAUUUCACUGUGGCUGGGCGCAAUCCAUGAGAAUCCACAUACAGAGCCGAGAAUCCUGACCGAGGUUGCACAAGCGUGGGAGCGGACCAUUCAUAGGAAGCUGGGGAUUUUCAAUCCUACUUUCAAAUUUACCGACCCAUUUAUGACCAAAACCCAGUUUUCUCCGUCCGAUAAAGCCGUAGUGCUUAAACGUCAACAGAAGGCGCAAAAUAUCAUAUCGCCACACUUCCGCAUCCUUCAAUUCUUCGAAAGCCAUUUCAAUGCGACCAGACUUGGUAGCGUCCACACUCAGCGCAUAUUUAGCCGUCUUGUAGGAACAACCUUGAUGAAGGCCGAAGAUAAGCUCCUUCAAGACAUUGAGUGUAUCCUAGAGAGUACGGCCCGUAUAGCUUCAGGGUCAUCCGGCGCAAGAAAGUCCCUCCAAACCAAGCAAGAAUUAGUCAAACUCCUGAUCGACAACGAGCGAUUCCGACUAAGAGUAUGGCUUUUCCCCCUGGAGCAUGAGAGACGCCAUUACACUUCAAGCUCAGGAAAUAAGGUCGAUCCCGAGGUUAUAUCGCCGUUGAUGCGGUUGGCAUGGGCUGAGAACCACGGCUUAGCUUUGCAGCUUGCAAACCGGUUUCCUUCACCAAAGCUCAGAAGCGACGUACGCUGGCUGUUACUCAACUUUCCAGAGAAGGCCAUCUGUGACCCCGAUAGCUUGAAUGUGCUCCUUGGCUCCGAGUUACCUCCUGACGUGUCGUUUCAACUCAAAUAUCUUCUCUUCUGGGCACCUGUAAACCCUAUUGAAGCAGCGACAUAUUUCUUACCAGCCUAUAGAAACCAUCCUUUUAUCCUGCAGUAUGCCAUGCGAUCACUAGAGAGCCAUUCUGUGGACGUGAGCUUCUUUUACAUCCCGCAGCUUGUUCAAGCCCUGCGAUAUGAUGCUUUAGGAUAUGUUGAGCGUUACAUAUUUGAGACCGCACAGCUAUCUCAGCUUUUUGCCCAUCAGGUUAUCUGGAACAUGAAAGCGAAUGCGUACAAGGAUGAAGAUUCCCAGAUUCCUGAUCCUAUCAAGCCGGUUCUAGACCAGUUCUUAGAUAAAUUGAUGAACCAUUUCUCCGAGGAGGAUCGGGCCUUCUACGAGAGGGAAUUCUCUUUCUUCAACGAGAUCACGGGUAUCUCUGGAAAAUUGCGCCCUUAUAUAAAACGAAGCAAACCGGAGAAGAAACAAAAAAUCGAGGAGGAAUUGCGCAAAAUUAAAGUAGAAGUUGGAGUUUAUCUUCCGAGCAAUCCAGAUGGUGAGGUAAUCGGGAUUGAUCGAAAGUCUGGAAAGCCGUUACAAAGUCACGCAAAGGCUCCCUACAUGGCGACGUUCCGGAUCAAGAAAACCAAAAAGGUGGAGGAAAAUGGCAAUGGAAAUCCUGCUACGAUGCCAACGGUCAUAUCUAAUGAUGCACAACGCCGAGAAAGCGUCAAUGACUCUGUGGUGCAGGCUGCUAAUACCCAAGAAUCGGAAUUAACCUACGAGGUCUGGCAGUCUGCCAUCUUUAAAGUAGGUGACGAUUGCCGCCAGGACGUACUGGCGCUACAAAUGAUAGCGGCUUUUCGGAGCAUUUUCAUGGGCAUUGGCUUGGAUGUGUUUGUAUACCCUUAUCGCGUCACAGCCACGGCGCCAGGCUGCGGUGUAAUUGAUGUGCUCCCUAACUCUAUUUCUCGAGAUAUGCUGGGUCGCGAAGCUGUCAAUGGCCUGUACGAUUACUUUAUCUCCAAAUAUGGUGGUGAGCAAUCUACCCGUUUCCAAGAGGCAAGAAGCAACUUCGUCAAGAGCAUGGCCGCCUACUCGGUCAUAUCCUAUCUUCUCCAAUUCAAAGACCGCCAUAAUGGAAACAUCAUGAUCGACGAUGCUGGCCAUAUCAUCCACAUCGACUUUGGUUUCUGUUUCGACAUCGCCCCAGGUGGAGUCCGAUUCGAGCGCGCGCCUUUCAAACUCACAUCUGAAAUGGUGGCAGUGAUGGGUGGGCAGAAUGCCCAUUCCGGCUCGGGUGGUUCAUCGUCAACUGGCGGCGGCGGCGGCGGCGGUGGUGGCGGCGGGAUCUCUCUUGGUAGUAGUAGCCCGACGAAUUCACAGUCAUACCGUUGGUUCGAGUCGCUUGUCGCCAAGGCCUUCCUUGCCUCCAGGCCAUAUGCAACGAAGCUAUCCCAUAUUGUCACCCUGAUGCUUGACAGCGGCCUUCCUUGCUUUAAACCUGAUACGCUGAAAAACUUCAGGGACAGGUUUGUUCUGGAAAAGACUGAGCGGGAGGCUGCUGACUACAUGCGGGACCUCGUGAAGAAGAGCUACAUGAGCAUGUCGACUAAGGGGUAUGACCAGUUCCAGUUGCUGACAAACAACAUCCCUUAUUGA